UCUUUUUCCCCCUCGCCGUCCCUUUCCACGCGGUGCUUGGCAGAACACCUCCAGUUCCACCGCGCGCGCAUGCGCACUGGGCCCGCACCUGUAGCCGCAUCUUCAGUUCAGCACCGCGCGGGUCUGCCAUUGGCCCGGCCAAAGAGCCCCCCGAACAAAAGCUCUCCCUCUCCGCCUGAACCCUCGCACCCUGCGUCCCUUGGAGGUCCUUCCUCUCCUUCCCACGUUUCCUUCUUGACUUGAGAGCCGGGACUUUGGGGUCUUGCUUGUGUUCAUGCUUCUCCUGGGCGAGGAGGAGGAGGAUGAGCGUCCCAGAGGAAGGAGGGGGAGAAGAAGGCGACUUCUUCGCGUGCCCAAGAGCAGAGCCAUGACUUAGAGAGAGCCAGAGGAAGGAGAGAGGCAAGAGUCGGCACAAGCCAAGGAAGGACUUCCCCCAAGAGCAAGAACCCACCAGAGAAGAAGAAGAAGAACAAGAAGAGGAUGAGUUUCCGCAAGGAGGACGGGGUGGGCAGCUUGUGCCACAAGGCGCUGCAGAUCAUCUCCGAGCUGUGCCUGGGCGGCCAAGUCGAGCUGGAGAAAUGCUCCGGCAUCUUCCCUCUGGAGACCACCAACCAAGGUAUAAGCCGCCCAGACAUUUCCGUCAGCCUGCUCGCAGUUGUCGUCAGUUUCUGUGGGCUUGCCUUGCUGCUGGUCUCACUCUUCGUCUUCUGGAAGUUGUGUUGGCCAUGCUGGAGGAGCAAGCCGAUGGCUUCGAAUGUAACAAGCAUCCCCCAAAACACUCCCAGUGCUCCACCAGAGGUUUUGGAAACUAAUGAGAAAAAAGAAGUAAUUAAAGAAAAUGGGAAGCCCUCGACCAAGUUCCUGGAAGCCGCCAUGAAAAUUAGCCACACCUCUCCUGACAUUCCAGCAGAAGUCCAGAAUGCACUCAAGGAACAUCUCAUCAGACAUGCUCGGAUGCAAAGGCAAAUCACAGAGCCUACAUCCUCCUCAAGGCACAAUUCUUUCAGGAGACAUUUGCCAAGGCAAAUGCAGGUGUCCAGCAUUGAUUUUAACAUGGGGACAGAUCCAGUUUUACAAAGAGGGGAGACCACUACCAGCAUUGGAAGGAUAAAACCUGAGCUUUACAAACAGAAGUCUGUGGAUUCAGAAGAAAAAAAAGAAGAUGUGAAAACCUGUGGGAAACUUAGCUUUACCCUCAAGUACGAUUAUGAGAAUGAAUUGCUCUUGGUGACAAUUGUCAAAGCAUUGGAUUUACCAGCAAAAGACUUCACUGGUACAUCAGAUCCCUAUGUGAAAAUCUAUCUUCUUCCAGACAGAAAAAAGAAGUUUCAGACAAGGGUUCAUAGAAAGACUUUAAACCCUGUCUUUGAUGAAACUUUUCAGUUUCCUGUAGCCUACGAUCAACUUUGCAACAGGAAAUUACAUUUCAGUGUCUAUGACUUUGACAGGUUUUCAAGACAUGAUAUGAUUGGGGAAGUUAUUCUUGACAACUUUUUUGAAGUGUCCGAUCUCUCUAGAGAGGCCACAGUAUGGAAAGAUAUCCAUUAUGCCACUACAGAAAGUGUUGAUUUGGGGGAGAUCAUGUUUUCCCUUUGUUAUUUACCUACAGCAGGGAGAAUGACCCUCACAGUCAUCAAAUGCAGAAAUCUCAAAGCGAUGGACAUCACAGGCUCAUCAGAUCCCUACGUCAAAGUAUCCCUCAUGUGCGAUGGGCGACGACUGAAAAAGAGGAAAACAACUAUUAAAAAGAACACUCUCAAUCCAGUAUACAAUGAGGCCAUUGUAUUUGACAUCCCUCCAGAGAAUGUGGACCAAGUCAGUCUCUCCAUUGCUGUUAUGGACUAUGACCGAGUAGGACACAAUGAGGUGAUCGGAGUGUGCAGGACUGGACUUGAUGCAGAUGGACUUGGAAGAGACCACUGGAAUGAAAUGCUGGCAUAUCCCCGGAAGCCUAUAACCCACUGGCAUCACUUAGUAGAGUUGCCAGGCCGAGCAACCAGUUUUGACAGUCAAGGAUCUUGUUCAUCACCUAAACCACCACCUACACCUUAGACUGAACCAGAAGUCCUGAUGAUCAGUGUCACAAGGUCAUCAUACUUACACACCACUGAAGGUUUGGGUCCAAAUGACCUGCAUCCAUAUCUUUGCAUUUUUCUACCGUAUCUUUGUUUGUGAUUCUUAAUUUUUGAUUAUAUCUGAUCUGUGUAUUGGACACAGGAUGUCAUGAAAUGUGGUCAUGCUCACUUCUUUCUUUGAAUGAACAAGAAAUUAAGAAGAACAAAUAUAUAUUAUAAAAACUUUUGAAAGCAACUUCACCUUCAUGAAAGCACAGCCUUUGUCAAUGCAAAAUUUUCUUUUGUAUGUCCCUUUUUGGACAGUUUGGCUCUAACUUAUCAGCAAUUUUCCGUAUUAUAUAAGGGUAAAUAUCAGAUUUGCCACUGAGUGGAUAAGUACCUUAUAGGGAACUGUAGGGUCCCUGAUUCAUACUGCAUCUUCAAUGUACAGCUAAAAGUAUCAUGUGUAAACCAGCACUUGUUAGGGUCAAAAUAGACAUGAUGCUAAAUAAUUCCUUGCUGUUAUUGUCAGUGGUAGCUCUUUCUGUUGCUAACUAUAAAUAUGUAACAGCUACCAGAGGGUCUGCUAUUGACAUUUAUUAGUAGUUAUUAAUCACAGCACGUAAGUAUAUAUAUAUAUAUAUAUAUAUAU